GUGUCAGUGAGAGAGGGAGCGAGAGAGGAAAAGAGAGAGAGAAAAGGAGAGAGAGAGAGAGCUAGCUGUAAACCUAGCGCAGGAUCGCCUUGCCUUUCCUCCGAUGACUACACCCGAGAGGAGGAGCGUGAGGCGCGUAGUGGGCGUCAGAAUCCUCAAUUUGCAACUUAGCAUCCUGGCAGGACACUCUCCGGAGCAAAAGCCCCGUCCGAAAAGCAGCUCCGUUCAAAAAAAGCUGAAAAGAAAAGGAAAAACAACAGAAAAAAGACCCCCUCCCACAACUUCAAACUUCUGCCCCGCGCGGCAUGACAGACGCGGCGCGCGCGGGCGCCCAAGCAGCGGCUCGAGAACUUGGACCGGAGCUUGAAAAACAAGAAAAGCAACAUCAACAAUAACAAAAAUAACAACAUAGCCGGUGGAGCGGCAGUGGCCGCCUAUAUGCAUUCGACUCUCUCUCCAGCUCGCGCCGCCACCAUCGUCGUUGCCGCGAGGAAGAGGAGGACGGACGCGGUUCGGGACUCUAUGAAAGAGAGCGGAGCGCGCGCGAGAGAGUAGCGGGGAGGAGGGGUAAAGGAAGGUGAAGGAAAAGAAGAAGAAAAGAAUAGACAAGGAAAAAAUAAUAAAAAGUAAGAGAAAAAGUGAGAAGCCAUCGCGGUUCUUUCCAAGCUUGGUCAUGGCGUACCCUCAGGGCUAUUUGUAUCAGCCGUCCGCCUCUUUGGCGCUCUACUCGUGUCCGGCGUACAGCACGAGCGUGAUCUCGGGGCCGCGCACGGAGGAGCUCGGCCGCUCGUCCUCGGGCUCAGCUUUUGCACCCUACGCCGCCGGUUCCACGGCGUUCAGCGGCGCCUCGCCCGCCUACAGCUCGCACCUCCCGUAUGGCGCGGACGCGGCCGCUGCCGCCACCUUCACCUCGUACGUGAGUUCUCCGUACGACCACACGUCGGGCAUGGCGGGUUCCAUCGGCUACCACCCGUAUGCGGCGCCUUUAGGUUCCUACCCGUAUGGGGACCCGGCAUACCGGAAGAACGCCACACGCGACGCCACGGCCACGCUGAAGGCCUGGCUUAACGAGCACCGAAAAAAUCCGUAUCCUACGAAGGGCGAGAAGAUAAUGCUGGCCAUCAUCACUAAAAUGACCCUCACCCAGGUGUCCACCUGGUUCGCCAACGCCAGGAGGAGGCUAAAGAAGGAGAACAAGAUGACGUGGACUCCGAGAAACCGCAGCGAGGACGAGGAGGAAGAAGAGAACAUCGACCUGGAGAAGAACGACGACGACGAGCCCAGCAAGACCGCGGACAAGGGGGACACGGACACGGAGACAGACUCGAAGCUGCUCCACCCUGGCGAUGCCCUGUGUGACCGGUUUACGACGGACACCCCCGGUAAAGACGCAGAACCACUUCAAAGCGAUUCGGAGCUGAAGGAGACGGACGCGCGCACGGAGCUUCUUGGGGACCCCGCGCGUGCCACCACGUCGUCGCCGUCGCUUUUGGCCGCGCGUGACAAGAUGCCCGAGGCCGCAGGCCUGGCAGUGGCGCGAGGCGUGAGCGCGCUCAUCGGCGGCAGUGGUGUCGGCCACGUUACCUCUGUGAUCCAUCCUCCUUCUCUUCCUCUUUCUCUUCCUCCUCCACCUCCUCCACCUUCUGGUGGUCCCCCAGCCGGUCCCCCUGCCCCGUCCGUACCUAAACCCAAACUGUGGUCGCUGGCCGAAAUCGCUACCUCGUCGGACAGGUGCAGAGGAAGCGGGGAGGCGCAGACGCAGGCCGCAGCUAACCAGGCGCCUGGAAACCCGUCGCCCACCCGGACGUCACCUCAGUGUGCGCCCUUGGCGGGCGGCGCCGUACUCUCGCGCCCCCUGUACUACACUACGGCACCAUUUUACGCGGGCUACACGAACUACGGCACUUUCGGACACCUGCACGGACAUAGCCAUGGACACGGCGCCGGCACAGGUGCGGGUGCAGGCGCAGGCGCGGGCGCAAGCUCGGCGGCGGCGGCGGCGGCGGCGGUGGCAGCGGCCGCGCACUUCAAUGGAAUAAAUCAGAGCGCGCUGAAUCGGGCCGAAGCUCUAGCGCGAGACAGCAAGGGCAGAGGGCAAACGCAGCUAGAGCUGUGUAAAGACUCUCCUUAUGAACUCAAGAAAGGUAUGUCCAACAUUUAAAACGGGAAUUCAGCCUCCACUCUGAGCUCACGGACUUUAUUAUUUAUUAUUUGUGGUUGCUUAAUUAAAAAAAGCAAAAACAAAAUGAAAAAAAGAAGAUGAAAAGAUAAUAAUACUGCUAAAGGAAUUUCCCAGGACAGUUAUUUUCUGAGUCAAAUGCUUAUCCUCAAAUCUUAGUUUCUGAAUGGUUAAUCGAGAUGUAACAUCUAAAGAAUUGUCUUAAAACGCUGCAGCCGCCUGAGUCUAUUUGUAUUAAAAACUAAUAUGUAUA